AUGAGGUUCUCCGUCGCCUUCAUCUCUGCUGCCAUUGCUGGCUCAGUCCUAGCUCGCCCUUCCACGCUCGCCGAACGUGUGAAAUCCCGCGCUGAUGGCACCCGCCGCAGCCGCCAGACCUUGCCUUUGAUCAAGGUCGGCACUGGUGUCAAAGAGAACUUCGUUGAAGGCGAGGGUAACAGCACCGCCCACGUCCAGUACUCGAGCAAUUGGUCCGGCGCAGUCCUUGAGACACCCUCCUCCGGUUACUUCAAGUCUGCCACUGGACGAUUCACCGUCCCGACACCCAAGCAUGUUGGCUCCGGUGGUACCGAGUCCGCAUCUGCCUGGGUCGGUAUCGACGGCGAUACCUGCGCCAGCGGUCUUCUUCAGGCCGGUAUCGAUUUCACCGUGAGCAGCUCCGGUGCCGUAUCCUACGACUCCUGGUAUGAGUGGUACCCCGAUUACGCAUACGACUUCAGCAACUUCGCCGUGAGCGCGGGCAACGUGAUCCAGGUCGACAUCACAGCCACUUCGACUACCAAGGGCACCGUCAAGCUCACCAACGUGAGCACUGGCAAGAGCGUCAGCCAGACGCUGAGUGCGCCCAGUGGCUCGGUCUUGUGCCGUCAGAAUGCCGAGUGGAUCGUGGAAGACUUCGAGGAGAAUGGCAGCCUGGUCGCCCUGAGCAACUUCGGCACUGUUGUUUUCUCGAGCGCCAGUGCUGCGCUUAGCACUGGUGGAACCGAGGGUUUGACCAGCGCCACUAUCAUCGACCUCAAGCAGGGCAGCUCCGUUUACACUGAUGUCACUAUCAACAGCGGUUCCCAGGUCACCGUCAAGUACGUCUAA